CCAUGGAUCAUGCAGAGUUGCCAAGUCAAAUUCCCACUUGGGGGAAAGUGGCUUCAUUAGCAAUCAAAACCAUUGUGGCUGUCCAGCCUACAGAGCAAAGCUCUAAAGACAGCAGCAGGACCAAGGGACAAUAGGACUUGGUCCCAAACAAGCAGUGACAUGCAUCACCAUCCCAGGUUCAUCACUGAGGGAUGGUCUCCAUCUGCAGAUGUAGAAAAACAAACACUGGAGAAGACUAUAGAAACAGCAUCUAUGAAAACGCUAGCGAGGUUACCAAUGACUCAAAAGAUGGAUGUGGUCCACAGGGAAAGACCUAGAAGAACCACUUUGACGAGACAAUUUCCCACGGAACCAUCUGGGAACCAAGUGUUCACCCAAGUUGAACAAGGGGAUGAAGAAACUCAAAGUCAACAUUCUUCUACUUUGUCAAUAAAAACUGGAGCUGAAUAUCAUGAGAUUCAAACCAGCAAUUCUACUAGUAGGCUGAGGGCAAUGGUGUCUCCAAAACAAUGUGGUAAGAAAUUAGCAGUGUCUGCAUCUGAAACACUAACUCCACACAUGGAGCACACUGCUGAGAAAUUCAGCUCUUUAAACAGGCAAACAGAAUUGGGAACUACUGGCAAAAGGAGUCCAAAGCCAGAAAUUCAAGAAUCUGGCCCUACUUCAAGUUGGAUAUUUCAGCUAGGGAGAGAAAGAGAUACUUCUCCCAGAAGUUUGGGUAGUUCCAUGAAGCCAGGAGGUAGAAAUGGAACCACUAAUUCUGCAGAGCAUCUUAAAGAAGAGACUUUAUUAGUGAAAGUGAAGGAAUUCACGCAAAUAACUCCAAAGAAAAGGACUCUAGAGAUUACUGUGAUAAACGGUACCAGAUCUGCUGCAUUACUAACUGUUGGUUCUUUCAGUUUUUUCACCAUUUUGGCUCAUGGCAAGCCAACUCUCAACAGACCCCAAAGCCGUUUUUAUUUGGGGGACACAGAUUCUGUAACACAUCCUGAAAGCCUGUCUACGCGAUCUCUAGAACUCAGCCCAGAAACAGAACUUUCCUUCCAGCUUAAUAAAACUGUCUCUUCUGCAGAAGAAAGAUCUGUCAUGGCAGCCAGUGCAACAGCAGGAUUGACUGUGGGUGGGAUGAGCUGGGUCACAGCUCAUGUUCAGGAAGGUGCAGCUGGGAGACAUAGUACAGGGCCUCCUUCAUUAGAAAUGCAAUCAAUGUCUCUAGAAGGAACAGCCCCACCGCUGGUCACAGGUUCCUUACAGUCUCCCGAGCUUGUGAGCCCAAAAGAGGGAUCUGUCGGUGGCCAUCGUAGAACAGCUACAUCACUUCCAAGGGACACAUCCCCCAUGGGCACUAUAGUUGCACUAUCUACUGAUUUGUCCAGUGCUAUCAUUGUGGACUCUAGGGAAAACCAGACUAUGAUGCAUUAUGAUUCAAAACGGGUCACAGGUAUCCCUCCCAAAACAAGUGGAGAGAUAGAGAUGGACACCAAUGGUAGCAUUCUGGCUUCAACUGAAAUCCAUAGAACAUCUCAUGCUGGAGUUUCUACCAGGGGGUCCCAUGAGAAACACACAGAACUUCUACAAUUCCAGUCUGAACCACAAACUAGAGUAAAGCCUUUAGAGGAAGUCACUGGGCCAAUAUCAGAUGGGAAAACUUCAACCCAUUUUCUGGAAGAGACAUGGAAGAUCCUUACAAAAGAAAAUGAUGCAUACAGAUCAGAGGAGUCAGCUGCUGCUGAACUCACAAGGACUGAACAGGAAGGAUCUGAACAAAGUCAUAUCAGCACAGCAGGUGCCACCAGUCUAGGUAUGGAAUCUUCAUCUCAGUUAAUUUCCACUAAUUCCACCAAGGAAACAGAAGAAUCCACAAUCUUCAAUGAGAAGAAAUGGAAUGUAUAUCACACUGCCAGUCCUUCUAGCCAAUCAUAUUAUGUUGCUUUCAUUCCUCCCCAUUCAAACGCCACAACACCAAAUGUGGUACCAUCUGUUUCUGAUGUCUAUAACCCUCAUGAUACAGAGAAGGUAAAAGCUGCAGAUGUGUACCAUAUGGUCACAAAGUUCUCUAAAGGGGCUUUGGUGCAUACUGGAAUAUCUCUUUCCCAGCUCCAAACUCUUGGCUCAACUGAAACGGAAAGGAGGUCUUCUACAAUGUAUGGAGCCAAAAGUCUGGAAGAAGCCACUAAGACUCCUGCAAGAGUGAAAAAUGGAGAACUAUUUACUCUUGCAACGGAAUCAUCCAGACAAAUCUCUGAGACCCAUGUUGCAGUGACACUAGAAGAGAUGACUGGGGGCCAUAAGAACAAAAGGAAUCUAGAAGAAAACAAGUCUUUUUUUGCAAGCAAUCCUGUCCAUCUCCACCAUAUCAACAAGAGAUCCCUGCUAGGAAUAACGGCAGCUCCAUCUUCUUUCAUAUUGUCUUCACUGGCUCCUCAUUCUAAGCUGUUGCACUCAAAUAUUGGACAUGUAAAUCCCAGAAGGCUGAGCAUAAAGAAAUUGUUCCCAAAGAAGCGUAUGCGUAAAAUCAUUACGGCUUCUUCAGGUGGGACCAUACAACAACUGCUUCUUCCUGGAUAUUUACAAGGAUACCGGAGUCAUCCUGCCAUUUCAAUAGGAAACAUGACGACACCAAGGGAGCCUGAGAAACCUUUAUUGAGGUCCACUUCAAAAUCCAAAUUAUGGACUCUUCUCCGAAAGUUGUCUCCUUCUGAAAAAAAGAGAGGAAAUAACCAAGGGCCCAACCAGAGAACAACAGAUAACAUGUUGCUAUCCUGCUCCUUCAAGGAGAACCUGUGUGGCUGGAAGCAAAGUCAAAAUGACAGCCUAGACUGGAUGCUUCAGAAGGAGGAAGAGAAGACUGCUGAGUCCAUGGAAGAUGACAGAAUUUCCGAGAAGCCCUUCAGAAGUUUAGAUGGCUAUAUCUCCCUCAAGCCUUCAAGUCAUCUCUCAAAGCAAAGGGCUGUUUUGAUCAGCCCGGUUGUGUACGGCAUCAGAUGUCUCCAGUUUUGGUACAGAUCACCAGACUGUGCUGCAGGCAAAAUCAACUUCUACACAAAGCUUCUGAAUUCCACUGACUGGCAGAAAGUGAGGUCAAUAAAGGGAAAGCAAGAUGUUGGUUGGCAUCAAGUGACCUACUUUCCACAACUUGGACAUUACAGAGUCUCCGCCUCUUUUUUAUAUUGUGGUGACCAAAACUGGAUGUGACAUUCUGGACGUCUUGACAGACACCCACCUUAACCACUCCUCAGUGGUUCUGCAGCUGUGGCUUCCAGCCUCCCCC